CCCUCACGGCACGAUCACGCGUUUCGGACGACGUUCUUCCAUGCGUUGGUUGUGUGUGAGCAUAAGUGUCUGGUUCAUAAUAACCUGUUCUCGAAGAUCUUAUUGCUUGUCUAGUUCGUUGCUUGUUUUGCCCCGCUCCCUGGCCGUUUGCUUCCCGCCGCCACCACCACCACCAUCACCACCCAGCCGCGAUCGUGGGGAUCACGUUUAGCAUGUUGACAUACCUAGAGAGUGCUGCUAGCGAUUCCAGUCUCCAACGGUGACCCAUCGCGUACGGACAAACGGCAAGACCGAGUAAGUGCAAUCGAGCAACGGUAUCCAGCGAUUGAUAUUUCUGGCAUCUGUCUCCCUUUGUAGCACGGCGGAUUGGCGUAUCCUGCUGUCCACACAGCUAACACAACGGUUGCCGAAAAAUAAAAUCAUAACAAAUCGAGGUCGACGCGCCAAAUGUAAGGCAGUAGUGCCUCCCUCGGAUAUCAUUGCGUACAUAUUCGGCUUCAUUAGCAGAAUACAUCAGAAAAAGUGACCUUACCUGAGUACCCAUCCAAUCCUCCGCCCCUUCUUGAACCUGCGGUUACCAAGUCACGCACAGUUCCGCGGCGAUUGCGGAGCAGACAAGUAAAAGUGAAUAAAUCGAGUGGCUAAAGGAAACAAAAAGCGCUUUCCCCGUGGUCUAACCUUUUCUCUAAUACUCAUUCGUGGCGUGUGUUUUGGUUUAUUUUGAAAAGUUGUGUGCCAAAGUGUGUACGGAAAUAAGCGGGGCAAAGAAUAGAUAGCGAAGAAAAUACUUUCAAUUGCAUCCACACGAUCGUUAAGUGCAAGCCGCCGUCAGUGUGUUCGUUGAAACAGAGAAUAAAUACCUAAAUAGGUAACAAGUGAGUGAGUCAAUCCCAAACAAUGAUGACCCCUAUAGGCGGAAGCUCGAGUGAACCCAAGGAGGGAUCGAUAGCGAUCAUUUCCACCGGUGGUGGCGGGUCGAUUCCCCCCGGGGGAACCCGCCAGCGGCAAGGCAGCAACCUGUCGGAGCUGGACAAGCGCCGAAUUAGUCGGAUGUUUAGCUGGACGGCCGAAUCGCCCAUUGUCACCGGUAGCGAGACGAGUGUAGCGACGAUCGACGAUGGAGGGACGAUGUGGGCGAGGCAGCAACAUGCCGUAUCGGUUCGGCAUGCCUUCAAACAGUAUGGCUCCAAGAAGAAACCAAACCAAGUUCUAUCGAAUCUGAACAUGACCGUUGCCAAAGGAACAAUCUAUGGACUUUUAGGAGCGUCCGGAUGCGGCAAAACGACACUUCUAUCAUGCAUAGUCGGGCGAAAGCGACUCAACUCAGGGGAAAUUUGGGUGCUGGGCGGAAAGCCGGGGACAAAAGGGUCUGGGGUGCCGGGUAAGCGCGUAGGGUACAUGCCACAGGAAAUAGCUUUAUAUGGGGAGUUCUCGAUCCGCGAGACGAUGAUGUAUUUCGGCUGGAUCUUCGGCAUGCAGACGUCGGAGAUUGCCGAGCGGUUACAGUUUUUGCUCAACUUUUUGGAUCUGCCGUCCGAGUCGCGACUUGUGAAGAAUCUGAGUGGUGGCCAGCAGCGACGAGUGUCAUUCGCAGUCGCCCUUAUGCACGACCCAGAGCUGCUGAUCCUCGACGAACCGACGGUGGGCGUCGAUCCACUGCUCAGACAGAGUAUAUGGAACCAUCUGGUGCAUAUUACCAAAGCCGGACAGAAGACGGUCAUCAUCACCACACAUUACAUCGAGGAGGCGAGGCAAGCGCACACGAUUGGACUUAUGCGAUCCGGACGAUUGCUGGCGGAGGAAUCCCCGGCCUGUCUGUUAUCCAUGUAUCGAUGCGUUAGUCUCGAGGAUGUCUUUCUGAAACUAUCCCGUAAGCAAGGUCAACAGAACGUCGCUCCCGCAGAGCUUAAUAUAAGUAAUAAUAUUUCGCUGUCCGCACUCGCGUUUGGCAAGGCGAAGGAUAAUCCAGUCUACGUGAGUCAGGAAAGUGGUGUCGUAGGUUUAAAUUUCCAUCAAAGUAAAGAAGUACUCAUCACGGACAGCAACGGUUCGACGUAUGGCAUCAACGGCCUAAAUGGAUCUGCUCCGGGAGCGAUCAGCCAGGCCGUGGAAUGCGAUGAUUGUACGGAAUGUUCGGACUGUUCGAGUUUCACGACGCGGGGAAAACUGAAAGCACUGUUGACGAAAAACUUCCUCCGGAUGUGGCGAAACGUGGGCGUGAUGUUGUUCAUCUUUGCCCUACCGGUGAUGCAGGUCAUUCUCUUCUGUCUGGCGAUUGGGCGCGAUCCAACGAAUCUGAACAUGGCCAUCGUGAACGGUGAAAUGAACUCGACCAACAGCGGCGAUUGUGUGUUCGAUGCGGGCUGCAGCUUCACGAACCUCUCCUGUCGCUACUUGAACCAUCUAAAUUCGACGAUCGUGAAGAACUACUAUCCGGAUCUGGACUCGGCAGUGGAUGCGGUACGACAAGGCAACGCUUGGGGUGCACUCUACUUUACGGACAACUUCACGGACGCUUUGGUGGCAAGAAUUGCGCUUGGUCGAGACUCGGAUGAUGAAACCCUGGACCAGUCGGAGAUUCGCGUGUGGCUAGACAUGUCCAACCAGCAGAUCGGUAUCAUGCUAAACCGGGACCUCCAGGUGGCCUACAGAGAGUUUGCGCAGGAGCUGCUGCGGGUUUGCGACAAUAAUCCAAAGCUUGGUGAUGUUCCGAUCCAAUUCAAGGACCCCAUCUACGGAACGAAUGAUCCCUCAUUCACAGACUUCGUCGCUCCUGGUGUGAUCUUGACAAUCGUCUUCUUCCUGGCCGUCGCGUUGACAUCAUCUGCGCUUAUCAUCGAGAGGACCGAAGGUCUACUGGAUCGUUCGUGGGUUGCCGGAGUCACACCGGGUGAAAUUUUGUUCUCCCACGUGGUCACGCAGUUUGUGGUGAUGUGCGGCCAAACGGCGCUGGUUCUCGUGUUCAUGAUCCUCGUAUUCGGUGUCACCAACAAUGGCGAAGUCGUCUGGAUCGUACUGCUAACCAUUCUACAGGGUCUCUGUGGUAUGUGCUUUGGGUUCGUCAUUUCAGCCACCUGUGAACUGGAGCGGAACGCGAUCCAGCUCGCACUCGGGUCCUUCUAUCCGACUCUUCUGCUGUCCGGAGUGAUCUGGCCGAUCGAGGGUAUGCCGGUGGUUCUAAGGUAUGUAUCCCUGUGUCUCCCCCUAACGCUGGCCACAUCCUCCCUGCGGUCCAUCCUUACCCGCGGCUGGAGCAUACUGGACGAGGAUGUAUAUCUGGGCUUCGCGUCCACGAUCGCCUGGAUCGCUGUAUUCCUGGUGGUGACACUGCUUGUGCUUAAGUUCAAGCGAGGCUAGAGCUCGCAAUGUAGAUCGUGUGUUUACGAGUUUACGGUAAAAUUCAUUAAUUUAUAUGAGAGUGUCCACUCCCGCAUACCAUCAUCGAACUUGUUGUGUACAUUUAUCAUAGGUUAGGGUGGGUUUUUGUGUUUUUAGGGGUCCGUUUUCCGGCGGCCGGCUCUCAUUCGAGUAUCGUUGCAACGCGCCUUUCCCCAGUAGAGUGAUAAAUGUCGCACACAAAGAGCAUAACCUUAAUUUUCAAAGUAAACAAAACAUCACACGCUGCGUCCCGAACCCUUUGACAGUAUGUUGCAUUGGCCUGCGCGGAGACAAUUUUGAAUGAGUGUGUGAGUGAGAGAAAGAGUGCGACAGAGAGUGGCAGGUCAAACGUCAAACGGCGUGACGUUCAUCCAAAAAUUCCCCCACAUUCUCGUCAUUUCAAUCCUUAAAAUAAGUUCCGCUCUAGCUAGGCACCUCCUGCCGGGUGUGGUGUGAGGGAUUAUUAGUUAUCAGCGACCCCCCAUUUGCUCAAUUUUUUUUAGUUACUUCUUUUAGAACCCUUGAGUUCGCACAGGAAAAUUAAAAUAAACACAAAAACCAAGAAGCAAUAGUUAGUGACAUUCCCACAAAUCGGCCAACCCCCUUUUCUUAUCGGCCGAAAGCAAUUUUGCAAUAGGAAACCCAACAACAAGCGAUGGAAAGAACAAACAAUUAAUUGAACUGUGAUUAUACAUUUUGUUUUCUGUUUUUGUUUAUAUACAUAUAUAUAAAAAAAUGGGUAACUUCCCUUAGAACUUUUUAUACGCUAACAUAAAAAAACAACGAUAAAACGCGAGACGUUCUUUUUUUGUAGGAGAAAGUGUAUGUUGUUGAACAAAAAAAAUCUAUUAAUUCGGAGGCGUAGACUUAAUCAAGGAUUUUGUCAUCUCUCUCGAAACGGAACACUCUCGUUUCGCGCACCAGAGAUGAGAAACAGAAUCUAUUUUGUAAAAAAAGUAAGAACUGUAUAAAAUAAAGUAAAAACAUGGAGACGAGAGGAAAGAGUGUACCAUUCGGAGUAAACUUAAAGUACGUAUAUGUAAUCUAGUGUUUAUUUGUGAAGGGUUUAUGAAAGCAGGCAAAAACUAAAGUCGCAAUAAAACAAGACAACUAUACCUUA